GACGCCUCCAUGACUGCACGCAACCCGCAACAGCUGCUUGCAUUUAGGGGGUUUAAUUUAAAACGUCUUUUUGAUAUUAUUCUGAUGCUGGAUUUAUUCGAACAAUGCAGCCCCGAAGUUUUGGAGUUGAACAAACUAUUUGGAUAGAGAAGUUACGUUGCCCGUACGGUCUUGGAAACUCUAGUCUGGAUUGGUUUGCGUAAAAAUUGAAACGUCUUCUAUCCCCGUUAUUCUGUCAACAUCUGGAUUAGCCAUUCGAUGACAUGACAAAUAUUAUUUUUGAAUUUCCUUAAUUCUAUGUGAUCAUUUCGUUUUCCCUAUAUGAUAUUGUGUGGACACUUAUCCUGGAUUUUUGCUUUUUUGGAUACCCCUGAGUUCUGCAUGUAGAUUAUGCAUUCUUUAGGAUGGGUGCGAACAAUGGGAAACAGUAUGGAAGUGAGGGUAAAGGUAGCUCCAGCAUCUCCUCUGACAUUAGUUCGAGUACGGAUCACACACCGACCAAAGCUCCAAAGAAUGUGGCUACCGCCGAAGACUCAGACCGCAGCACACGGACAUUGAGCACCCCCAGCCCUGGCCUCAUCCUGCCCCCAAAGUCCCCCUCCCUCUCCUCCCCAGCCCUAUCCAUCAAUGGCCAUGAGUCCACCUCCCCCUCUGGCUCUGCAGAGACCGUAGCCAUGGUGCACCCCCAGCCAGGCACCCAGACCCGUUCCCGCCAAUCUAAAGGUCACCACUACGCCCCCAUCGACCUCCUCCCUGAUCAUGUCCUUCUGCAGAUCCUCUCUCACCUGCCCACCAAUCAGCUGUGCUGCUGUGCACGGGUGUGCCGGCGCUGGUACAACAUGGCGUGGGACCCGCGCCUGUGGAGCACCGUGCGUCUGACAGGCGAGCUGCUCCAUGCCGACCGUGCCCUGAGGGUGCUGACCCACCGGCUGUGUCAGGACACCCCCAACGUGUGUCUGACCCUGGAGACAGUGGUGGCCAGCGGCUGCCGGAGGCUCACUGACCGGGGGCUGCAUGUGGUGGCUCAGUGCUGCCCGGAGCUGCGCCGACUAGAGGUGGCCGGCUGCUACAACAUCUCCAACGAGGCCGUGUUCGAGGUGGUUUCCCGUUGCCCCAACCUGGAGCACCUCAACGUCUCAGGCUGUUCCAAGGUGACCUGCAUCAGCCUCACCCAGGAGGCUUCAGUCCAGCUCUCUCCACUGCAUGGCCAGCAGAUCUCCAUCCACUACCUGGACAUGACUGACUGUUUUUCCCUGGAGGACCAGGGCCUCCGCACCAUUGCCUCCCACUGCCCCCGCCUCACACACCUCUACCUGCGGCGCUGUACACGUCUCACUGACGAAGCCCUGCGCCACCUGGCUCUGCACUGCCCCUCCGUCAGGGAGCUCAGCCUCAGCGACUGCCGCCUGGUGGGGGACUUCGGCCUGCGCGAGGUGGCCCGCCUGGAGGGCUGCCUGCGCUACCUGAGUGUGGCCCACUGCGGCCGCAUCACUGACGUGGGGGUGCGCUAUGUGGCUCGCUACUGCCCGCGGCUCCGCUACCUGAACGCGCGGGGAUGCGAGGGCCUCACGGACCACGGCCUGGGCCACUUGGCCAGGAGCUGCCCCAAGCUCAAGUCCCUGGACGUAGGAAAGUGCCCGUUGGUGUCAGACAGCGGGCUGGAGCAGCUGGCACUGUAUUGCCAGGGCCUGAGGAGGCUGAGCCUGAGGGCGUGCGAGAGCGUGACGGGUCGAGGGCUACGGGCCAUAGCCGCAAACUGCUGCGAGCUGCAGCUGCUCAACGUACAGGACUGUGAGGUGUCGCCAGAGGCACUGCGAUUCGUUAGGCGCCACUGCAGACGCUGCGUCAUAGAGCACACGAACCCCGGGUUCUUCUGAGAGAGGGAUAACUGGAUUCACCUUCUGACAAAUGGAUAUGUUUAAAUUCCUGCUCUGGGGUUGACCAAGAAGAGGGCUGAGUUGUCAGGACUAGUUGGAAAUGGUGUGCAAUAUCCACUUGUGUUUUUUUUUAAAUGUUAUUUGCAUGGUUAAUAAUGCUGUUCUUUGCAUACACACAUGGAAUGUAUUUAACAUAUUUAUCUGUAAAAAGGGAGGCAAAUGUUUAAAUGUAUUAGAACUUGUUUGGUAUUCCUCUCACGUCACGUUUCGGAUGUAACAUUUGUUAUGCAAUAACGUUGAGCACUGGGUACAGAUUCAUUUUGAAUGCCUUCUCUUUACCUGUGUCCAUCUUUUGUGCUUCAUUUCAUCAACUUUAAGGAGACAGGUCUUCACCAUUACAUUGUACACAUUUCUUUUUACGCAGGAAGUUAUUCCAAACCACUAUGAAUGUAUCACUAGUUAGCUAACCCAAUAACCAGCAUAUCUGGUGACUUCUUUCAACCGUGUUCAAAUCCAGUAGGAAGAUAGGUGUAUCUUUGUCAGUCUUAAGUGCUUAUAAUGUAUUUUUUUGUAUUUUGUGUGCAUAUGUACUUUAUCAAAUCUAAUAGACAAUCACUUCAAUUGAGCUCAAUGGUUUCAUGCGUUUUGACUAUUUUAUCUUGCAAAGUACAGUGUAUAGACUCAGUGUAUAGACUCAGUGUAUAGACUCAGUGUAUAGACUCAGUGCACAACUAUGUUUUACUACCAAAUGGAAAACAAAAGGAUUGGUAUUCUUUUGACCAGGAACAUGUUGCUGCUACAAUUAUUCUAAUAAAUGGCUUUGUAAUAAACAAUUCUUCAACCAUCAGGACAUAUUUUUCACUUGAAAUGAAGUGAAAAUAGCCACGAGACGUGACGCUCAUGUGGAAAUGAGUAUGCACGAAGUUCAUUUGUAGUAGCACUCGCUAUUUAGGGCCAUUCAGGUGCUUGAAAAAUAAAUACGGGUGCUACCAUAGGUGGCAUGCUACCAUAUACGAUAUCAUACACUAUAUACGGUAACUUAACUGACAGAGGGAGAAGCAGAGAGAGUGCGAGAGAUUAUCAGUUGAGAUGUUAACCAAAGGUCAUUGUUCUGUGUGUGUCUGCGCAUGUGUGACAACACUUCACAACACGCUUCCUGUUUAUUCAUUCCAUUGCUGUACCAUGUUACCUCAUAUGGUAAGGACCCUGUCACCGCAACUUUGGCCACGCCCCUGUGGGGUUGUGUUCCUGUUAUAACACACUGACAAAGAAGAGUAGAGUUACAUUUGAGUACCUGAGUUAAAGUGUUAAACAGUUGUAAUUUUCACUGUCUUGUAUUGUAGCUACAUGUCUUCUUCUCUGUUCUUCUGUUAUGUUUAAGUAGAAAUUGGGAUUUCAAUCACUGACUGACAACCAAUGACAAUUAACACUGAUAGUAUUUUACCACCUGUGUACAAGUAAGCUGAGCUAAUUAAGAGCAAUCAAUGGUUUGUGUAUGUGAGUUUGUGCGUGUUUAUGAUUGAUUUGAAUGCCUAUGUAAUGUAUGUGAAAAUAACAGCCACGAUGAACCAA